CAGAUGAAAACCACGCGUAAGUCUCUUGUCACGCUUUGUAGAUCGCUAUCGUCUUGUCCAAGUGGUCUGUGCGUUGAGUCCAAAUCUGCAGAGCUGUGACGUUGGUCGCUCGUGCUUGUUGCGGUUCCUUCUUCGACCUCGACCCCUCGGUAGGCAGCUAAAACGCACCUUUGAGCGAUUAUUAAAGUAGUCGAUAUCCCGAGAACUGUCACAUACUCGCUUCCGAGCAAGUCUGAGCUUGAUCUGUUCUUGCCCGGAGCUACCUCCCUCCCCGCUUAUUCUAGUCCUUUCUCCCGCGCAGAGCCCCUCGUAAACAGGCCUCUCGCUGGAAAUCUGCUCGCCAUCCUCUCAGCGCGUGCAGAUCUCUGAUACUUAAAGUUAAGGUCCAUUUUUUGGGUGUGACAGCCAUGUGGAACUGGUUUGGCGGCGGCGCUGCCGCGAAGAAGGAUGCACCGAAGAAGGCGAUUUUGGGAUUAAGGAGCCAGCUCGAGAUGCUAAACAAGCGGGAAAAGCACCUUGAGACGCAAAUAGACGAACAGGACAAUCUAGCAAGGAAAUAUGUAAGCACGAACAAGAGCGCCGCAAAGAACGCGCUACGGCGAAAGAAGCAGUUUGAACAGACUCUUGAGCAGACCAGGGGACAAAUAAUGACAUUGGAGAGUCAAAUAUAUAGCAUAGAAGCGGCCAACAUUAACAAGGAAACGCUGGAUGCCAUGAAGAAUGCCAGCGCGGCUAUGAAGCAGAUACAUGGCGGCCUCACGAUCGACAAAGUCGACCAGACAAUGGAGGAGCUUCGCGAACAGCACGCUAUCGGCGAGGAGAUCAGCGAGGCUAUCACUCAGUCUAUUGGCCAAAACGCCGUCGACGAUGCAGAACUUGAGGACGAGCUAGACGAACUCAUGCAAGAGGAGCUGGACAACAAGAUGAUGAAAACGGGCACCGUACCCGCCGACAAGAUCGGCGCGUUGCCGGCCGCGCCUGAGGAUGUCAAGGCUGGCAAGGCGCGAGUGGAGGAGGAUGACGAGGAGGAAGAACUUAAGAGAUUGCAGGCCGAGAUGGCCAUGUAGGAUCCUAAGGAGCUUGGAAUUCUUGUUUGGUCACCGUCGACACUUGAUACACCGUACAAUGGAUAUGCACUGGGGAGGCGUUUGUGUGCCUUUCAUUGCAGCGGUUCUGCAUGCAGUCUCGAUUUGAUACUGUGACGGGGAAGGCGAUGCGUUUUCGUGACGAGGCAGCAUCCCUCGCUUUGUCUGGCUUCAAUCUGGACGUUCAUGCUAUACCACGCAGUGCUUUGAGCCGCUAAUUGUCGAUAGAUAUUAUUCGCAGCCGCUUUUGUGAUAAGGUUCGUGAGGGUUUCCUCGCUCCGCAAUGAUGCAGCAAAGUCAACGCCCGUCCGUGCCAGGGGCCUGCCAAGA